AUGCAGCUUGGACUCUUUGUGGCGGUGGUGUUUCUGAGCUCCAUGGAUCUGACGGGCAGCAGCAAAGUGCUCAAGGGCAAGAGGCAAAGGCGAAUUAGCACCGAGCUGAGCCAGGGCUGCGCACGAGGCUGCGACCUGUGCUCCGAGUUCAACGGGUGCCUGCGAUGCUCCCCCAAGCUCUUCAUCCUGCUGGAGAGGAACGACAUCCGCCAGAUCGGCAUCUGCCUGCCCUCCUGUCCGCUGGGGUACUUCGGCCUUCGCAACACGGACAUGAACAAGUGCAUCAAAUGCAAAAUCGAGAACUGUGAGUCCUGUUUCAGCCGAAACUUUUGCACAAAGUGUAAGGAAGGGUUGUAUUUGCACAAAGGGCGAUGCUACGUCACCUGCCCCGAAGGCUACUCCGCAGCUAACGGCACCAUGGAGUGCAGCAGUCCCGGUAAGCACCGCUCGGGCCGGAGAGGCUACGGCGCCGCGAUCCCGCCUGGUAACAACCGCAGCGUCAUUUGA